UUAAAUUACAAGGGCUUCUAAAGCAGCGAAACACGACUCGACCCUUCUGUAAACACGGAGAAGCUCUGCUGCGAAAACUGAGCACGACAACCACUUGUCGAUCCCACUAUCAACAUCACAUUCUGUCUUUCAGCCGGCCUGUUUUCACAAAUAUCAUCACACCCCUCAGCCCAUGUGAUGGCCUGCAGUACACACACUGCUUUGUGUUUGUACCGCUGUGUUCCCUCACAAAAUGAAUGAAGACAGGGUGACAUUUAGUUUUCUCAUGUGUUUUGUCAAAUGUACCUGUUCUGCCAAGCUGACCUGCAACCGCUCUGCAAACACACUGGUUGUUGUGGCUCACAUUGUCCUUUGUGCAGUGUCCCAGCCUGCGGCUCUUGUCAUUGUGGCCUUGCACAUGGACUUGUGUGUUUCUUCCUCCAGGCGAAGCGGGCUGGUGCGUGUGACUCUGUUUCCCCACAGCGGCGGGCCACAGGAGGGGAGCGCCGCUCAAAAGUGGCCGCAUUGCACAAGACGCCUCUUAACAUUGUGGUCUGUUGGCCUCAGUGAUUGUGGUUUUGUUUGUUUGCAUAUUUGAAUCCUUUUUGUUACAGUCAUAUUGUUUUCUUCCCCUGACAUGUUGUGAAAGCAUGUCUUCAUGGUCACAGCACUGACGAAAUGAAACUUGUUCUAACUGGCAAGCCAUCACAUGCUGUUUAUUGAGUGGUGUCUGCCGCCCUCUUGUGGUCAACAGAAAUGCUAAAUAGUUAUCAAUUGCAUUUGUGCAGUAUUUCCACGAUUGAGUGCCACACUUUUAUAAAUGAAGCCACGAAGCUUUAACAUAUUUUAUAUUUAUCUCGUUUCUAUAAUAUAUCACUUAUAUAUUUGGCUCAGUGCUCAAUGGUCUGUGUUAACUAUGAACUAUUUGUAUGUUAUUUUGAAUUAAAGGAGGUAUUUUCAUCUUUAUUUCAUCCCUGAUGGUCAACAUUUCAGCUUUAUAUUAAAGGCUGUUAGGUAUCUUUAAUUUGAUUUUAUAUUUUGCCAUGCAAAUUUUCUUUUUUCAAUAAUUGAUGAUCAACAAUGACAAUGAUCCAUUUUUGUCAAUUAACUAUACACUUUUACUUCUACUAGAUAUAGGAAUAUGAAAUGUCCAAUUAAAAAUAUUGGCGAAAACCAGAGGAGUUUAAAUCCACCAGGAUGUGAGAGCCUGUGGUUGCUCUGGGUCUUGCUAGACUAAACUAGGUUUGCAGACCAAACACUCGACCAAAUCCAUUAAUCUGGAAACAACAAAAAAUCUAAUCACAACGCCAUCUCUUGGUAAGGACUCCCUCCUAAAUGUAACAUUAUUAUCGUUUUCAAACUUGCCAAAACACUUGGUACAGACGAGGAAAUUCCUCGGCUCAGAACAGCGAAUUGUAAAUCCAUUUAUAAAUACAUGUGGGAACCAACAUGAGCAUAUCAGAGGGAACAGCUGGUUUAAUUAAGAAGUCAAAAAGGCCCUCGCAUGUGAUGCUUACAACACCGGUGCAGCAAGGCAAGACUUGUUGAGCCAUCUGAAUAAGGACAAUGCAUAAGAUGAAUGAAUAAUGAGUGUCCUCUUCACACCCUGGCCUAUACUCUGCAUGCUGGAUGUUUCAUCCAGUAUGUGUUGAUUUGUUUUCAAUACAUGAGUGUAAAUAUGAUUUGAGAGAUGUUUGUAAGUUUAGUGUACAGAAGGCAAACAAGGAUUAAAAGAAGAUGUAUUUCUAUUGUAGGGGUCCAAUUAUGGAAUAACGUUAAAAUGGAUGUAAGCAUGGUGAACUCCUUUUUGCUUUUCAAAGGAAUGAUUUAUAAAACAAUUAUUGAGAGUUAUAAGUGUGAUUGAAAUGUAUUUAUAUGGAAGAUGUAUGUGGAUGUUAUAUAUUAUUAUUUUUUUAUUUUCAUAUUAAUUUUCUGAUUUGUUUGUUAAUAAUGUAGGAUAGGAAUAUAUACGCAUGUUUUUGCUUCUACCUAUACCUUUUCAGUCUUUCUGUUUUGUAUAUUAUAUAUAAUAAUUCUGUAUUGUGGUUGAUUGACUGAAUGAAUAAAAAAUGAAUACAUACAAUACAAACACAAUUACAGUAAAAUAAAAAGGGACUUUUUACAUAUUUUCCUCAUUCAUUAAAAAUAAGUUUAAAUUCGGCCAGUUGUCCACAGAGGUGCUCUAAGUCAACAACAACAUGUCAACGUGUGUUCCGGCUUGUGGAGCGAGGUGUGAUGUACAGCAGCCUAGCCUAUCUACCGUGGGACUUGAGGACAUGUUAUUAAAAAUAAAAUAACAUUUGGGAUUAAACAGAGCACUCGGCAGCUUAUUUAGUUGACUUUGUUUUGACUUACAAAUGGAAGAAAAGGCUUCGCUGAGCUGUUUUCUGUUCAGAGCUAUUGAAAGGGUUUGUCGUCCUAUCGGUAGCAUUAGCAUUAUGAUAAUAUGACAGUAAGAUUUAGCAGAGCCUCUGUAUUCUCAAUAUAAAAUAUUAUUAUGCCGAAAAUAACAUGUAUUGCCCUGCUGGGCGUGCGGCCCGUUGCUCUGCAGAGAAACGGAACCCUUUGUUUCCUGCCGUACAUUUUCAGGGACGUACAGGUUUGUUGCCAGGCUAACAUCCGGUGACGUCACUCACGUAGAGUUAGCAAGAAUGCUAACAAGCUACAGACACUGACAACAUCUAAUGGGGGCACGCGUUUCCCUCGGACUUCAGACAGCUCGCAGGUGUUUAGGGAGUACCUGUGACCGGAAGUGGUGUCGCUCGUGCGUCGGCGGCGCGACCUGCUGCACGCGCUGAUUACCGAGGCGACGUGGUUAUCGCCUUUGUCAAAGUCUUAAAAGAUGACGCAUCGUGUGAACGCAGCGAGGUUCAAUGAGAGGAGGACCACUUGAGGGGGAAAUCACGGAUGUCGUGAUUUGAAAAUGCAUUCCUGCCCUGCUUGUCCAAAGUCUUUCCCAUCACCAUAUAAACUUCAGAGACAUUACGUCAUCCACACUGGCCAGAAGCCCUUCAUCUGCACGCUCUGUGGGACAUCUUUCACCCAGUCGGGUCAUUUAAAAACACACCUGCAGAAAGUCCACCACCCGAGGCUUCCGCCAGACUGUCGGCAGGAUGGCAUCGUUCCUCACAACCAGCAAGCAGAUCACCAGGAACCCUUUUUGGGGAUUAACGCGCGUGGCAGUUAUAACUGCAACGCAAUGCCUUCGACGUUGUCAUCUUACCAGCUGGAGUGGAAAAGGGACACUGUGGCUCACAGAACUGAGCAUCCACCAAUGAAUGUGCCCCGUGAGAGCGACGCCUCGGCGGCUCGGAGCAGCGGCUCAAAUGUUCCGCAUCCAAUAACUCGGGAGCGAGUUGAUUCUGCAAAUGAAGACGCGUCUACGGUCGACGCCCACCGUGGAUACACCUGCAAGUUCAGCUUGAAGUCGUCGACUUCAUCUCCUCGCCUUUGGAAUCAAUCGCCAACUCGUAACAAACCAAGCCGGUGCGAGAGGAGCGGCGCGUCGGGCCAGAGCUUCUCGAAAGGGCUCCGACCGUCACAAGAAUCGAGCUCCAGCGGAUGCAACAUGACUUUCAGUCACCGGUGUCCUAUAUGUCUCAAAACCUUCUCCUCGCCAUCAAAGUUACAACGGCAUACUCUUAUCCACACGGGGCAGAAGCCCUACUCGUGUGGGAUUUGCCGGAAAGCCUUCAGACAGAAGGUGCACCUGAAGUCCCAUUUGAGUUCAGCAAACACAUGUUCGCUCUCCGCCCGAACGGAAAGGGAAACGCUUCGGUUUGGCAAGAGCAGACCGGCCUCCGGUCAGCAGCGGCGGGGGAACUCCUCUGUAGAACUGGAGCUACAGUGUAAAAUCAGUUUGAAUGCCGUGCAGGACCUGGUCGAGACCCAAAUCAAGUCGGAAGCCGUCGUGAAGCCCGAAGGAUCAUUCACGGCAAGCAGCCGGUGUCUGCGUCAGAUGAAGUCAGACGAACGGGAGCAGCGAUGCGUCACGCAGAAACCCAUGCAGCCGUUCCAGAGCGUGAUGAACAACGGGGCCUCGAAGUCGGAAGGUCCUCCAGUACAUCGUCAUGAAAUGCAUCAGAACCUAAAUGAAUGUGGAACUCCUACCACUCUGCAAAACAGCAAUAACUUCAACGUUUCUGAUAUUGAGGAAAUCAGACGUCUACCUGAACCCAGUCUUGCGGAUCCCACUGCCCCGAACCUCAUCGUCAAGCCAGAAACAUGCAGCGUGAACUGCAGCGACUACGAUGACCGUCUUCCUCGCGAUUGGGAGGGAGUCGCAUCGGCAGAACGGCCGAGGGAAACCUUUGAAGCCACCGGCAAGCAGCCGAGGACACACGAGUGCCGUGCAUGUUUAAAAUGUUUUCCGUCUGCAUCGAAACUCCAAAGGCACACGAUGACUCACACGGGACAAAGGCCCUUUGGCUGCGAGAUGUGUGGGAAGAGAUUUCGUCAGAAGACGCACUUGAGGGUCCAUUGUCGCACACACCUGUGGUCUAAAUAUCGCAGACAGCGAUCGCUGUAUAUCAAUCGGCCGCCUUCUUGCAGAGAGUUCACCAGAAGGACCGCAGCAGAAGUGCCAGUCCGGGACGUGGCGCUCCGUGAGGAUUCUGGAACGCACGCUGGCAGUGAUGUCGUCUCUUUGAAGCAUCUGGAUCAGACCCCCUGCGCCGUAAUUAUUCCCAGUUACAAUAGGGAGUCGGAAAAGUUGUCGCCACACAUCUCAAAGCAAAAGGAGGUUGCGCCACCGGUUUCCACGGCGACCGUGAAAAGGACUCCGAUCGCGAAUUCGAUGCAAAAUCCGAGCGCCGUGCAACACGAGUGCUCCCGCUGUUUAAAGUGUUUUCCGAGCGCCUCCAAAUUACAAAGGCACGAGAUGAUCCACACGGGCUUGAAACCGUUUCUGUGUGUUUUAUGUGGGAACACAUUUAGGCAAGCUACACAUCUGAAAAGCCACGAAAGGACUCACUGUGAGAAGAACCCGUCCGAGGAAGGCCGUCGACAGGAGAACGUGAGAACCCCGAGAGCAGAGAGCCAGUGGCAGCCCGGGAUCAGUGUUGGGAUCCCGCAGCGGAAUAUAUCCGUGAGCGGAGGCGGCGCAGCGUCCAGCUCCGGUGGUGCAGAGGGGAACGUCGUGAGUGCGGUGCUGUGCACCGGGCCCGCGUCGCCCAUCACCAAAGGGAACAAUCUCCUUCAGUCACAGACAAAGUUUAAAAGUCACCUAACUUGUAAAAAAAGGAAACUUUACACGUGUCGAAUAUGCUUUCAGAACUUUGCGUUUCCGUACAAGCUCUCGAGGCACUUGGCCACUCACGCUGGGAGGAGGCCGUACAAAUGUUCUGCGUGCAGCAAAAGCUUCACGCAGCUCGGCCAUCUCAAAGUUCACGAGCACAGAUGCAGGCGGGUUGACGGGGUCUCCGAUGUCCAAGGAGAAAGGAGAAGUACCGACCGCGUCCAGGAGAAAUGCCUCGAUGACCCGAGUGGUCGUGCGGAGGCAACAGGAGAGCAGGUAGAGUCACAAUAUGCACGUGUUGGUCCCUCGUGUCCUGAUGGAGGUUCAUCUUAUCUCUCUGAGGAGAUACAGCCUGACUGGUUGGCCGUUUCCGAAGUAGGCUUCCAAGAGGAGGAUAAUGAAUUGGGGAAAGAGCUCCGAGAUGAUUAUCAGGCUCCAUGCGACUAUGAUCAGGCUGCAGACCUUUCUAGUUAUACCUUUCCCUCUGAACUUUCCUUUGAAAUGGACAAGCUUGUUCAAAAUCAAAACAUGGCCGCGCCACUUUUCUCACAGUAUGAGAGCGUUGCACAUAAAGUGGAAGUACCACGUCGGCCUGAAGUCGUCGCGGCCGUUUCAACGAGCGACGAGCUGCUCGGGGUCGAGCCGGCCACUCCUUUGGCUGACAAUCAAAUGCGGCGAGGUAAUAACUGGUGUGAACCACUGAUUGUGUUUGAGUGUAACAUGUGCUCUGCCGUUCUUCAGAGCCAGAACGAUCUCGAGCGACACAUUUGUUCAAUUGACGCUCAACCGAAAAUGACAGAGUCGGCUCGGAGGAAUCGUUGCGACAUCUGCUUCAAGCAUUUUGUUUCUCCCUCUAAACUUAAAAGGCAUGAUCUCAUCCACACAGGUCUGAGGCCGUUUCGAUGUGACAUUUGUGGCAAAACAUUCACACAGUCGGGACACGUCAGAACGCAUCGACUGACUCAUUGAUGUUAAUCUACAUUUCCGUGUAAUAUUUGUUUUGUGUGUAAAGUUGUAUUAUGAUCAUGAUUGAGUUCCCUGUAUGUACACUACCGGUCAAAAGUUUUAAAACACACCCUUUUUUCAAGUGCAACACAUGUGGGAACUUCUUCAGUGUUGGGAAGAACUUUCUAAACAAUAUUUGAUUUCCAUUGUGAAAAGAAUGCAUACGGUGGCUACUUUGUUGGAAAUGUCCUAUUGUUAAACAAAAGAAUUCCAUGAUUUAUUUAUUUUAUCUCCAAUUUGUUAUUUGUUCUAUACUUUAAUUUCAGAGCACAUUGAGAAAUUAAACUGUACAUUUCAAUAAAAACUGGAGAAAUUGAUGUGUUCUAUAACUUCAGACCUGUAGUGUAUGUAACGUGUCAGAUACAGGUGUAUACAUGUUUGUAUUUCAUUCAUUAAACGUGUUUUAUAUUUUAAAAAUGUGUGAAUCUUGUUGAAUUCGUUUCGGCUUUGUUAAAUGUAUUAUUAUAAUAUUUUAUGACGGCCUCGGAUCUGAUUUGGUUUAUUUUUUAGAUGUACAAAGACGUACAGAGUAGGAACUAAGUACUAGUGUUUUGUGCUUGGGGACGUUUUUUGAGGACGGACUCAUUCAGGA